CUGUGUAACAAGCGAGGUGCAGAACAGACAGGAGAUGUGUCUUAUAGCCUAUAAGAUAGGUCUAAUGAGAGCACAUUGGCAUGUGUCACUGGGUUGGGCUGUAUGUGGCUGCCCAAGGUUACCAAGCUGGUGUAGAGCAAAUCAGGCAACUUAUAUUUAGCCUUGCAAAUGGCGCGCUAUGGAUUAUGUCUUGGGGCUCUCCAGUUUCGUCUUCAGUGCGUUUUGUAGCAUGAAGGGGGGCUGUGGAUCAUGAAGAGGCUGUUAUUCAGGUGAGGAGCAGGUUCACUUCAUAUUCUUAGACCAGCUCUUCUUCCACUUCUUCUCCCUUUCUUCCCUGCUCACUUUCCCUCCACUCUCUCAUCCAUACACUCGUAUCAAAGUGUUUAUGGUCUCACAUACUUCUUCUCGACGUGGGGGGCUAUUCAGAGCGUCCAAAAGGCACCAAAGAAGACACGCUUGAGUUGGACUGACAGUUGCGUUGAGGGGUGAGCAGGGAGUUGCUUCCCAUACCAGGAGAGGACAUCCAGUGUGAUUGGACGUAUCACAGAUUAUUUCAUCAACAGGCUACUGAGAUUUGGGAUUAAACAGUAUCAUGGAUGUACUCGCUUUAGAGGCAAAGAGUGUAAAUGGAGCAGAUGCUGAAAAGAAGUCUUCAUCAAGGCCAAAACCGAAACCUCCUAAAAAGGCCAAAAGGAUUGUUUACUUUGAGGUGGAGAUCUUGGACUCCAAGACUAAAGAGAAACUGCUGCUGCUGGACAAGGUGGAACCAACUGCCACUGUUUUCGACAUCAAAGCUUUGUUUCAAAAAUCAUAUCCAAAGUGGUAUCCAGCCAGACAGUCCCUUCGUUUGGAUCCAAAGGCCAGAUGUCUCAGGGAUGAGGAAAUUCUGCAGACACUUCCUGUGGGAACCACAGCCAGCUUUUACUUCAGUGACCUAGGACCUCAGCUCACAUGGGGAACCGUGUUCCUAGCAGAGUGUGUUGGUCCACUGGUCAUAUACUUAAUGUUCUACUUCCACCUUCCCUUCAUCUACUCUCCGAAAUAUGACUUCACCAGCAGCAAGCACUGGGUCGUACACUUGGCCUGCAUGUGUCACUCCUUCCACUACAUCAAGAGGAUCCUGGAGACACUGUUUGUCCACCGUAUCUCCCAUGGGACCAUGCCUCUCAGAAACAUAUUUAAGAACUGUGGCUAUUACUGGUGCACUGCAGCUUGGAUGGCGUACUACAUUAACCACCCUCUCUACACCACACCCUAUUACGGGCAGCAGCAGGUGAAUACAGGACUUUAUAUUUUCUUGUUCUGUCAAGUAGGGAAUUUUUCCAUCCAUGUCGCUCUUCGUAACCUCAAACCACCAGGUUCAAAAAUCAAGAAGAUUCCUUACCCAACGAAAAAUCCCUUCACAUGGAUGUUUUGGCUGGUCUCUUGUCCGAACUACACAUAUGAGAUGGGCACCUGGAUUGGCUUCACAGUGAUGACCCAGUGUGUGCCUGUGGCUUUCUUCACUCUCGUGGCCUUCAUUCAGAUGACUGUGUGGGCCAAAGGCAAACACUGCGGCUACUUAAAGGAGUUCAGAGAUUAUCCGACCCUGCGCUCCUCCAUACUCCCUUUCAUCCUGUAGAGCUGGGCACAGAAAACAACGGUCACUACACACAGCCGGUUCUUUUUAAGGGCCUCUCCAUCCACUGGAUGUCAGAAAGUGUGUGCUGAGGUCAACAGCAUGGAUGGAUUUUGGUCAUAUGGAUUCCAUGUAACAUUUUCUUACAUGUCACUCCAUAAGGAGUAGCUGUUACGGUUACUCUGAGCGUUGGACCGGUGAAUGCAGGACUGUUAGAGGCAAAGGAAGCCAUCAGAGGUAAAUGCCGCAAAGUCUUAAUUUAAAGUUGUAUGUGCUAUUGAAGAGCAAGAGGAUGAAAAAAAUAUUUUGCUACGCUGCUGUAACAUGUUUGAGUGAGAGUGCUGUUUAGUUUAAAAAAAAAAUCACAUUGUUUUCAUAGAUUUUGGCAACCUGAUCAGUGACGUUUCCCACCAAGAGGCUAAUCUGCAGUGUCCAAUUAGUGUGCAGCCUGGAGCUGAGAACUUUGUGGCCUCCUGCAGUGUUCUACUGAUCCAAGUGACAUUUACACCAUGAUAGUACUAGUGCUAUCUGGGUUAGAAAUAGAAUGGGUGGGAAAGUGUUUUUCUUGUAUAUCUAAAAUAAUGGAGAGAAAAACACUGCUGAUAGCAUUAACACGCACAUCCUUUAAAAUAUACCUUACUUACACAUGAUUAUAGUGCAGAGUGUUCAAUUGAAGUAAAAAAAAAAAAGGUUUUAGUCAUCAAACCAUUGUCAUAGUAUUAUAUGCACAUAUUUAUAACACAUAUUUAUUAUUAUGUUUCUCUGCAUUGUUGGCGCUGUGGCGAUGUUUUAUUUUUAUACUAUUCUGAAGAGUUGUGCAGCUACAAACACAUACUGAGACUUUAUCUGGUGGUGCUUUCCAGGAUUGGAUAAGGAUGUGGGAAAAACUUGCAAAAUUGUUUAUUCUUUGCUAUUCCAUUUUCACUGAAUGUGCAUUUCACAGAAUGCUGCAUCGACUGAACCUUUUAAAUGAAAUGAGGAACUUCUGCGUGAAGAGACCAUUCAGUGUCGAGCAGGACUUCUAUCUAAAGUGGAAAGUUUGUUUGCAAUAUUUGAUUGACACUGUAGAGGGGCCUUCACACCCUCUUAAGGCAACGCUGACCCACUGAAUCAAUUGUUUUUAGGCAAACUAUAAAUACAACGAGUGUAAUAGGGUAAUGGGUAAAAAAAAAAA